CUCUCUCAUCUCAUUGAGCCUUGCUUCGUUGACCAACCGCCACGCCCAGUCCAGUCACCAUGGCAACUAAACAGCCUCAGGCUCCGCCUCCAGCAGCCAUUGGUCAAGAUCGUCGCUUACCAAUUCCAAUCAGCAAUGAGCGUAGUCGAGGGCAACGCAAGACACCUGUCAGCUUUGUUGUUGUACCUGUCAGUGAUCUGGGUUACCCUGUUGGUUCACCAGGGAGUAGCAUCUGGGCUUAUACACCAGGGAGCAGCGGUGACUGGAUCCCAAGUAGCAACUUAGAGGACAUACCAGGCACAGCAGCUAACAGGAUGCCUAACUUCCCCCAUCAAGACACUGUCAAGAGAGGAUGGCUUCCAAAUGAACAAACACCUGUCAGCCGGUUUGGUGAGCAACAUGAGCCAAUGUCUGGCAUGCAUCAUAACAUGGCCAUGGGAGAUGGGGGAGGGGUGACAGCUCAUGGAAUGGCAGGAACGGUCUGGAACCCUGUAGCCACCGUGCAACUUCAUGGCACCAAUCCAAAGGUGUGGGGAGCAUGGAGCCAGUCAGUCAUGUGACAUGAGGACUCCUCUCCAUCCUUUCCUACAGAGGGCGCUGUUCAUCUCAGCCGCUGCAUCCACAAGAGAUAGUUAAGUUAAUUAAUUUUUCUUAGAUGUCCACCAGCCAUAGAGGGCGCCAUAAUGCUUUCUGGUUUGUACACAGACAUAUAAACACAUAGACCGCCAGUCGUGGGCGUGAAACCGUGAUUUGAUAAUUGGGCAAAAUGUUUGUUGACAGCGCGCAUAACUGCGAUGCCUCUCAAUGCGCCAACGCGCUUAGUACAGU